AUGAAGGCGCUGAACGAGGACUGCGUGCGGUUCGAGAUCUUCCCGCCGGGCCACCUCUACUCCAGCGCCGCCGGCGGGUUCCGGCGGUGGUACACCCCGCACUCCUCCCUCGUCGCCUUCGUGACCAAGCGCCACCUCGUCAAGACCGAGGCCGCCGAAAAGUUCGGCGCCGAGCUCCACUCCUUUGUCGUCGGCCUCGAGGGCUCCCCUGAUCUCAAGGCCGCACGAGAGGUCGCCGACUACCUCGGAACCAUCCACCACGAGUUCCAUUUCACCGUACAGGACGGCAUCGACGCGAUCGAGGAGGUGAUCUACCACGACGAGACCUACGACGUGACGACGAUCCGGGCCAGCACGCCCAUGUUCCUGAUGGCUCGCAAGAUCAAGUCGCUGGGCGUGAAGAUGGUGCUGUCCGGGGAGGGGUCCGACGAGCUCCUGGGCGGCUACCUCUACUUCCACUUCGCUCCCAACAAGGAGACCUGCCGCAAGGUGAAAGCCCUGCACCAGUACGACUGCUUGCGUGCCAACAAGGCGACAUCGGCGUGGGGCCUGGAGGUCCGCGUGCCGUUCCUCGACAAGGAGUUCAUCAACGUCGCUAUGAGCAUGGACCCCGAGUGGAAAAUGGUACUGAAAUGUUUCGACCCUGCCGCCGUCAUGAUCUCGGCUUCUCAGGCGAGGAGAAAGUGA